UUUAAACGUCAUUGUUUGCUUGUAUAUUUUAUCUAAGCCGUAUAUUUGCUUAAUUGAGCAGAUAUCAUAUUAUACAGACAGUUUUGAGUUAACUAAUGGCUGGGUGAAUAAUAAAUAUUGUUUUUAACAGUUGAAUAAGUUUAUAAAACUACAUCAUAAACAUAACAACGUAGCGUCACAGAAAGCGUCAGAAAAUGGGGAAAGAAGAUGUAUCUGCUAAGAAACGCCGCAAAAUAAAUACUACAUCCAACGAAUCUUCUAAACAAGUGCCCGUAGAUGUUUAUAAGCGGGUGGUAGAGUUUGAAGAAACAGAGGCACAACUACGGCCAGCCGAGAAAGACGCUGCGUUUUUCAAGAAAAUAUGUCAAGAUAUUAGACAAUUAUUUGCUGAAAUAGCAGAGUUGAAAGCAAAAGACACCAAUGAGGCUAGAGAAAAAAUAAAUGCAAAGAGGAUUGAAGCAUCUCUUAACCUUGUUGCUCUGAAAAAACUCAAUCGACUAGAGAAAGUCCGUACAAGGGCAGGACGGGAUGCAUUGCAUAAGGAGAAACAGAGAGUUGACUCUACACACCUGCUUUUGCAAAACUUGUUAUAUGAAGCUGAUCAUCUUAACAAAGAAGUAACAAAGUGUCUACAAUUCAAAUCCAAAGACGAAGAAAUAGAACUUGUUGAUGUUGAAGACUUUUAUAAAGAAGCACCUGCUGAAAUAUCUCGACCAGAACUCACAAAGACUGAUGAGCACCAGCUUCAACUAGCAAGAUUGGAGUGGGAACUUCGUCAACGUCGUGAGCUCUCAUCAGCUUGUAAUGAGCUCAUUGCUUCCAAAGAACGUGUUGCAGCAGCUAUAGCAGCUGCUCGCUCAAGACUUGAUGCCUUGCUCCCACAUCUCAGAGAUGUUCUGAAGUCUACAAAGCCUUUGCAAGAAUGCCUGGCUCUCAGGCUUGAUGAUAAGAGGGAUGAGGCAAGGGCUGCAUCUUUACUCCCUUCUCCUUUAUUUCUUCUUUUUGCAAAUGCUAGUGCAUAUUCUGAUGCUCUGGGUGCAAAGACAGUUACAGUCGGGAUAUCUGGUGAUGAGGAUGAAGCAAGAAGGUUGGAACAACUUAACAAUGUUGACAGUGACUUAGUUGUGUCAAAUGAUUCUGAUUCAGACCCUGAAAAUAAUGAUGAUGACCAAAAUGAGAAGAAGAAACGCCAUCAUAGGACUGCUAAGAUUUCUAAGGAAGAAAAGGCAGAUGCUAAGAAAAAAGAAGUCUUAAAGAAACACCCACUAAGCAUUCAAGUUUCUGUCAAGGUACCAGAUGGUACUGCUUUGAACCUGAUCUUCUCAUACCUCUUACAUUUGAAAAUAAUUGUGGUCAAGUUCACAGUAUCUUUACCAAAACCUAUAACAGGGAUAUCAGCUGCAGACGUUUUAAAUGGACAUUGUAUAUUGAAUGAACUGUACCCUGGUGACACAGGGUAUGACUCUCCCCAUCCAGCAACUACAUAUCUGCUCAAUGCAGCUGGCAUUACUGAAGACUUCCAGCAUUUCAUAUCAGAACUUGGUAAACCCUAUGUGUGGGCACAAAGAAUGUGUGGCCUAGAUUUUAUGGCAACAGUAACUGAAGAUCAAAAGUUCAACAAAAAUAUUCAGCUAUGCCCCAGCCUCAGUGUCAGCACAGUUGAAAAUUUCAUAUUAACUUUAAAGAAGAGAUUGAUGUCUCGUGUUGUGUUAAUGAAAGAGUUGCAGGAUUUGGAAUCUGGAAAGAUAUUAUCAGUAAAAGGAGAUUCUUUAAGCCCUGUAAGACUGUCGGGUUCAUUAACACAAUGGCAGUCAGUUGGGUGGCCUGAAUAUAGCCAGUCACCUUCUACUGCAUUUUUGAUAUCUGAAGGAUUGGUAAAUCCUAAUGACAUGUUGUACAGAGCCAUUAUAACGCGACAGUCUGCUAAGCUAGUUGCAUUGGUGGCUCUUGGGAGUGACUAUCCUAAAAAGGCGCCAAUGUUUUCAUUAACCCUUCACUGGAAUGGAACACAUCAUGCAGGUAUCAAUGACGACAUCCGAGACAUUGAACGAGUUAUCAAUACUGAUUGGGCUUCUGAGGAAAACAAGCAGUAUACACUCUCUGUACAAAUAACUAAAUUGUUGACCUGUCUUGAUAUUCUUUUAGAGACAACUGGCUCUUCCGAGUUUCCACCAGAUAAAGUUAUGUUUUGUCCGGUGCGCGGCCGUAACAGAGUUAAGCCAUAUAAGUUUCUUAAACAGGGAUCUGGAUUGUUCGUGCAGUAUUGAAUAGUAAUAAAGAUUUCAUGUACUUGAGUGUCAA